CGCGGGUCAGUUCCUCGCGGGUUGUCGCGUCUGCACUUCCAGCAGCAGCAGCUAAAGACAAAGCUCCUGCUAGCAGUUGUCCUCGAAAAGAAGAUCCGGCCAGAAUAACUGCCGUAAUCCAGAGUAGAAAUUUAAAGGCUUACGCUCUAAGCAGACAGCGAGAAAAUAGAGCAAUGGCGCCACGUCCACAGAGCCCAGAAAUAAAGCCAGAGGAAGACGCAUGCGCCCGGGUGGACGAGACCCCAGGGAGAGAACCCAGUAAGCCGUACGUGAGGCAGAUCUACUGGACCAACGUGGUGGGCAUCGCCGCACUGCACCUGGCCGCCCUCUGGGGGAUUACGUGGACGCCAUUCUAUGCCAAGGUGCUCACCGUCUUAUGGGCGAUCUUCCUGGGCGGCGCAGGUGGGUUCGGAGUGACGGCAGGUGCCCACCGGCUGUGGACUCACCGCGCCUACAAAGCCACGUGGCCUGCCAGGGUCAUCCUUAUGGUCUGCUACUGCAUCGCCGGACAGAACCCUUUGUACGACUGGGUGCGCGACCACCGGGUGCACCACAAGUUCAGCGAGACGGACGCGGACCCGCACAACGCCCGCCGCGGCUUCUUCUUCGCGCACGUGGGCUGGCUCAUGAUGCGCAAGCACCCGGAGGUCGUCCGCCGCGGCAAGCAGAUCGACAUGAGCGACAUCCUCGCCGACCCGGUCGUCCGCUUCCACCAGAAGUACUUUAGGCCACUGAAAUUCAUGCUGUGCUUCUACCUACCUGUGAUGAUCCCUGUGUGGCUGUGGGCUGAAGACUGGUAUCUAUCCUUGGUCGUCAAUGCCAUCAUCCGGUAUGCCUGUAGCCUCAACUUCACCUGGCUAGUCAACAGUGCUGCACAUAUCUGGGGCAACAAGCCUUAUGACAGGCGUAUCAGCCCAGUGGAGAACCGUUUGGUGGCAUUUCUAGCAAUGGGUGAGGGGUGGCACAACUACCAUCAUGCCUUCCCCUGGGACUACAAGGCAGCUGAGCUGGGUGCAUACGGCUUCAAUGUUACCACCCUGUUUUUGGACCUCUUCGCACGCCUCGGUAUGGUGUACGACAGAAGAGUGCCUUCUGAGGACCUAGUCCGUCGGACAGCACUGAUGAAUGGCGAUGGUUCUCACCCUGUGUACCGCCAAAAUGAUGUCACUGACUUGUCCCUGCAGAAAGCACCUGCCACAGGUGGUUCAUGAGACUGACCAAGCUUGCAGUGUUGUCAUCUGGCUGCGUUCGAUUUUGGCAUGUGUGAGUUGCGUGAUUCAUGCAGAAGUGGACCAUAUGCUAAAAAAACUGUAUGAAACCUAAGUAGUAGUGAAAUCACAAUUAAUUCCAUUUCUUCAAUUCUGUCUUGCUGUGUACAUGCAGACACAAGUGCACAAGAUGCAUUGGCUGUAAUGGUGGUUUUAUCAUAGUUUGGAACAGUGAUACUGCCACUACAUUGGGGCCUAAUGGCUAUGUGUUUAAGGGCUACCAUGUGAGCAAAGAACACAAGAAGUUAUGUUUGUUAUUAAAGGACUCUGUGAUGAGCAAAAAAUUAAGUGUGAAACAUGUAUACAGUAUAACUUUGAUUUCUGUUUCCACUGAAGUAGAAUCCUUUCCUGUAUGGUGCAUUGUAGUACCCAAUAAGAAGUAUGUUACAUGUGUGUUAUUUAUUUCAAUCCAAUGCAGUUGCUGCAUAAUAUCAGCCUCAUCGACAAAUUUUUUUACCAUAGCAUACCGCUUCCAUUCUUUUAGUUCUAAUGAUAUGACAACAGGUAUUUAUAACUGUUCACAGCUGUUCUUGUACAUCUCGAUAUGUGAUAAUUCAUAAACUUUCUUUUUAUGAGAUGAAUGUAAUUAGAUAAUUACUAAUUAUUUUGUUUGGUUUAUCACAUAGUUGUCUAGUACAAGCCACUCACGUCAUGAUCCCCUCCCUGGUAUUUAUUAAUUUCUGAUCACAUAUGUGAAGGAAAUAUCUUUUCAGAAAUGCAAAACAGUUGAAUGCCAUAAAUGCCUUUCUUUCUUUCUUAACUGAUGGGGUCCAAUGACAAUGUUAGGAGUUAGCUAGAAACAGUAAGCUGUAGACAGCUGACAGGUCAGAUGCACAAUAAAGUUUCUUUGCAGUGGAUCUAAUGAAUGAAGAACAUUUUCAAAAAUAGGCUUCACUGAAGAUAUUAAGGUCUCUAUUUUAUCAUUGAUAACUUUGAAUAUUACUGCUGAGUAAAAGAAAAUUGCAAUCUUGAACAGGGAAAUUUAUUUUCUCGAUUGAUAAAUGGCUACGUUUAAAUUCUGCGCAAGAUGAUUCAUUUCCCAUGAUUGUUAUCAUAACAACUGGAGGUCAAGGACACUGUUGCAAAAGAUAAUUUGUGUUCAUAAUUUUUGUCUCUGUACCCUUGUGCUUAUUUAAUACUUAGAAAUACAACAUAUUUCAGUGAUAACAUUGAUAUCUACUUCAAAAGUAGUCAGUUUAAUAGUUCUCUGAAAAAUUAAUGUCAAAUGUUUCUGUUGCUACUACUAAAAUAUUAGGUUAAACUUGCUGAGGCCUCUGGAAAGUACAUUUGCUGGUGACCAAUGUUGUCAGAGCUGUAAAAUUAAUUUGAACAUGACUAGAUUAAUUAUGAAACAUGUUUUUUUACACAUAUCAAAUUUUUCCCAUAAUGACACCAUGCAAGUUUUUACUGUGUGCGCAGUGAACAAAACUUGUGGGCAUAAAAACAUCCUUAUCAAAUGUGGGCAUAAUAAUCUGUAAUACUGAGACAUAUUAUACAGAUCUUCAGGCUACUGAAGGCUAUGUACAACAACCAUUCAUAGUAGUAUCAAACUGGGACAUGAACCAGACUGCCAAAUAUGAGAAUAAAUAAAAAUAUUAAAAUCACAUGUAUUGUAACAAAUGUCAUCUACUCGUAGCUUAGAAGUAAUUGAGAACAUAGCUAUAUGUGUUUCCUUUUCUUUUAAUUGCACUUUUCUUUGCAUCCAACUGUAACUGUAACUGUAAAUUUUUAAAGCCUUUCCUGUAUAAGGUCAUAAGACCUUAAGAUGCCAAAGAAUCCGGUGACAAGAGGACAGAUAUGUUAUCUACUGGUGAUGGACCAAUAUGUUGGUUGUCACAUAUAAAUUAAGGCAUAUCUGUGCCCAUUUAGUGAGUUUUUUCUUUGAUGAUAGCUUUAAGUAAAAUGUAUGUGCCAGUUGCACAACAUAUUGUUACAUUCACAUAAUCAGCAAGUCAUUACUUUUAAAUACACGUAAGAAUGUUUUGCUGGAACAGUAGACAUUAUAUGUUGUCUGUAAUUAUUAAUGUAGCAUUUUACCCUGUUUAAUAGAGCAGCUUCAAAAUUAAAGUUC